ACGCAAAAUAAGCAUAGCUCAGUAUUGUGCGAACAGUUGGACAAGUCAAAUCACGUGGAAGGCGUGGCGUANCUGCAGUUGGAAUGGAUAAACGAUGAUGAUGAAAAAAUGCGUUACAACUACAAGCAUCAGAAUCGAUUGUGGUCUGAAGAAGGCGACGCGUCGACCUCCGCGCGUUCCGAUGGUGAGGCAGCUGAAGAGGCUGAGAAUAGUACUAAUGUGCAUGUAUCUGGCGAAUACCAGGGGGACAUUUACAAUGUGAACUACUCAAAUGAUAACACACUAAAUGCACCGAGUCAAACCAACAUACAAGCGACUAUCGGUGAAGUACUUGACUAUAUACAAACGAAUGUAUUGCCAACGCUCAAAUAA